UGCUGCACUGAACUGAACAUCAACAUUUAGUCCAGGAUUAAAGUUGAUCUGUGUUCUGGAAUCGACCUCUAAAGCUGUUUUACUCACAGUAAAGAAAAUAGUCUGUAGAGGUAAAACAUUUACAGAAAUGAGAGAAAAACAUGAUGUUUCAUUGUGUUCUCUCUCCUCAGCCCCUGUUACUCUGGACCCCAACACUGCACAUCCACACCUCCACCUGUCUGAUGAUCUCACUGCUGUAGAAAACAGAAACCAGAGAUCAUCACUUCCUGAUAAUCCAGAGAGAUUUGAUGUUGGUUGGUGUGUUCUGGGUUCUGAGGGUUUUAACUCAGGGACACACUGCUGGGAUGUCCAGGUUGGAGACAGUAAUCACUGGUCACUGGGUGUGAUACCAGAGUCUGUAACAAGAAAAGGAUACUCUUACUUGGAUUCUGUGCGCAGUCUGUUCUACAGUAAAAGCAGAGAUGAAUACAGGAUACGUUGCCCAGGACAGGAGUUUUACUCCUUCAAACCUAAAGACAAGCUGCAGAGGGUCAGAGUGCAGCUGGACUGGGACAGAGGGAAAGUGACCUUCACUGAUCUUCUGACCAACAAACACCUGCACACUAUAACACACACUUUCACUGAGAGAGUUUUUCCAUAUUUCCGGAAUGGGUCUACUCGUUCUCUGAGGAUCUUACCAAUGAAGACAUCAGCACAGUUAAAGUUGAUGCUGCUUAGAAUGAACAUUUAUACAGACUCUUUAGUGAUAAAGUAG